UUUUAAACUGUGCCCAAUUCUGAAAUGCAAAAGUGCUUGUUCUGUAAGCAUUGCUGUUUAUGCAUCCAUCCAACCUCAAACAGGAGCCUAUUAUAGGAAGCACAGGGCACAAGACGGGGUAUAUUGGAUGGGAUCUCACUCCUUCACAGGGCACAAUAAUGCACUACGGGCAAUUUAGGGUCAUUGGUUCACCUAACUACACAGUCUUUGCACUGUGGGAAGAGCCCAGAGGAAACUUGUAGAAUGUGUUGGGGGUUCAGUUCCUGCAGAAUCUCUGUUUGUGCAGAGUCUCUCUGUGUUCUCUGCAUAUUUCAAAAUACAACAGCAUAACUGAACAUCUGCAGCUGAUCAUUGCCUCACCAAACCCUCCCCAAAACCAUUUUUGCAAUAAAUUUUGUUUACUCGUUUCAAGAGUACUAAAUAACAUGAAUCAUAUUGCAUCCUUCAAAAGCCUUCAGACAACUGUAAUAGUUUAAAAGUUUUAAACUGUAAAAGUUUUAUAUCUGCUGUUCCAAGACAUUAAAAAGUAUUUAUUAUUAUUCUCUGUAGUCAGAAUUAGCAGAAUAAUAUAGGUUCAAUAAGGUCACCAAAUUGACUCAAGUUUAAACCACCUAAUAUUAUGGGCAACAAAUUUGCAGAGUAUUCACAAAGAAGGGCAACUUUCAAGUAUGCAUGUUUUUGUAAUGCUUUGAAAUAUACUUAUACUUUGAAGUACAGUUGCUGCUUCAGAUGCUACUUUCAGUCGUAUAAAUAGAGUGAAUUUUCAUUCACAUUUUGUGGCGUUGUGAUGGCCUGAGCGAGAGCACCAUCAGAAUGGGGUCGGGCACAAGAGACAGGAGGACAGCAGGCGGGACUCCAAAAAUACAUUUCUGUUAUUACCAAAAAACAAAAUCCAUGCCGCCUUCUUGUAGAACCCAACAUACAAAAAGGUGAAAAGGACAGAUGUAUCUGCACACUUUACAAUAAACGCUGGGCAGUAUUUUUUUUUUCUUAUACCUUAACCAAACCUCCCUAUAUAAUGGUGUCCAGCACCAUCACAACCCCAAAAGGGGGAGAGUGAGGAACACAGUUCACCAUACAUUAAACAAACACGACCCUCGUAACAUUUUUUUUUCUUAAAAGAAUAAUCCACAUAGUUUACUUCACUACCAAAAUUCAACAUUUUAUUUUACCACAUAAUCCCCUGUCAACACACCAAACAAAAUACCCCCUUCUGACCUGCACCAUAUUGAAAAGUCCAAUUACUUGGUACCCCAUAAAACAUCCACGUUUCCCCAUGGGACUCCUUUGCUGGUUGCACCUUCCCUGUCUGUCAGACACCAUCGUACCUACCGUCACCAUGGCUACCCAAGACCCCAGCCCCCGGCCGGGCCCAGUCUCCUACCGGGGCCGCAGCUCUCUACCCAUGGCCAGCUCCAAUACGGAUGACCGGGAGGUCCCGCAGUUUGAGCCCUUCCAGCUGAUGCCCCGUGGCCCCCCUCCCCUGAAAGAAUUCCUGGAUAUCUGGGAUGUGAACAAUUUAAAUGACAUCAACAAGAAGCAGCACCACACCGAUCUGUAUGCCAACGAAAACCUCAUUGUGCGCCGGGCCCAAGAGUUCCAGAUCCGGAUCACCUUUGACCGGGCCUACAACCCCUUACAAGACCAGUUCCUGCUGGAAUUUGUCAUAGGCAGGUACCCACAGGUCAGCAAGGGCACAUACAUCCCAAUCCGCAUUGAGGAGGAGAGACCGCAGUCUUGGAGAGGGAGGAUCCUGGAAACCAAGGACAACAUGGUAACCGUGGGCAUCACGGCAACGCCAGACUGCAUUGUGGGAAGGUUCCGCGUGUAUGUGGCCGUCAUCACGCCUUACGGCAUCCGUAGGACACAGAGGGAUCCCAGCUCAGAUGUUUACAUCUUGUUCAACCCUUGGUCAGAAGCUGACUCUGUUUAUCUGGAUGACGAGGCAGAACUCGGGGAAUGUAUCCUGAAUGAAACUGGGGUCUUAUACCAUGGGGAGGUCAAGGACAUUUCAGUCCGACCCUGGAGUUAUGGCCAGUUUGAGUAUGGCGUUCUGGAUGCCUGCCUUUUUGUGAUGGACAAGGCUUCCAUGCCUCUGAUCAACAGAGGAGAUGCAGUGAAAGUGGCCCGCAUGGCCUCAGCUAUGAUGAACUCCAGGGAUGAUGAUGGGGUCCUAGUGGGGAACUGGAGCGGAGAUUACACUUACGGUGUAGCUCCCACGGCCUGGACUGGCAGCGUGGAAAUCCUCCUCAACUACGCCAACAGUGGCAUGCCUGUCUGCUAUGCGCAGUGCUGGGUCUAUGCUGCUGUGUUCAACACAUUUCUGCGGUGCCUAGGUAUCCCUGCCAGGGUGGUCACCAACUUCUACUCCGCCCACGAUAACAACGGCAACUUGAAAACUGAUCUCAUCGUGGAUGAGGAUGGGCAGGUGGACAAGGAACGCACCAAAGAUUCCAUCUGGAAUUAUCACUGCUGGAAUGAAUGCUACAUGGCCAGGCCAGACCUGCCCCAAGGCUUUGGUGGCUGGCAGGUAGUGGAUGCCACCCCCCAAGAAACCAGUGAUGGUUUGUAUCGGUGUGGCCCUGCUUCUGUCUAUGCCAUCAAACAUGGGCAGGUCUGCUAUCCUUUUGAUGCACCUUUUGUUUUUGCAGAGGUGAACAGUGAUGUGGUGUUCUAUAAGCGGAACAAGAAUGGUACUCUUGAACAAGUCAAGGUGGACAAGACCCAUGUGGGCCGCUUGGUGCUGACCAAGGAGAUUGGUAGCGACAAGUCAAGGGAUAUUACAAGCCAGUACAAAUUUCCAGAAGGCACAGAGGAGGAGCGAACGGUGCUGGAAAAGGCAGAAGAGUUUGGAUGUAGCCGGGUGCAAUCCACACUGCCACCCGCUGACGUAGAGCUGAGGAUCACCGUGCAGGAUGUGAUGGUGGGCAACGAUUUUCAGCUCGGCCUCGAGUUCAAGAACUUGAGUGAGUUGAAACGUACAGCCAGCGUGUACAUCAGUGGGAAUAUAGUCUACUACACUGGUGUCACCAGUUCUGAAUUCAAGUUCAAGACCCAAAAGGUGAAACUGGAGCCCUUUGAAUACAAAAAGGUGACACUGGAUGUGAGUUCCAAAGAGUACUUAAGCAAACUGGUGGAGCAGGCCAACCUCAACUUCAUCAUCACAGGGCGUAUUUCUGAGACCGGCCAAAUCAUCAGCGCCAUGCAGGUGGUUGCCCUUCACACCCCUAAACUCUCUGUCAAGGUCAGUGGGUCGUCAAAGGUCAGUGGAGAAAGUUUUGUCACAGUGGAGUUCACCAACCCCUUCAAGUACAAUCUGGAGAAUGUGUCCUUGCGUGUGGAAGGGCCAGGCUUGAUGAAGGCUAAAAGCAAACAUUACAGUGUGAUCCCUCCCAACUCUUCCCUGACCUGGACAGAGCCCUUCAGCCCUUGGAGGCCUGGCCCAGCCUGGCUAAUUGCCAGUCUUGAUUGUGCCGCUCUGAGACAGGUGUAUGGGCAUGUGGAAGUGAAUAUCCAAAGCUCUGAGGGCGGCCUGUGACACCAUCAGCUCACACUGACCGAUAUCUUAUCUGCUAUUUGCUUCCACCUGCUGUUUGCUUCCACGGUCAUAAUUCUGCGCUUGUAACGCACACAGCCUUAGCACCACUUUGUUUUCUGUGGUACCUUAACAUUCUAUGUGAAUUUAAUUGUUUUGUAAUCACCAAAGCCACAAACAAUAACAAAAGAGAGAAUCGUGGAGACAUGCAUGACAGAAAUUGAAAUUUUGUCCACCAAAUCUUUAUUCAGAAUAGCCUGAAGUUUAGCCUUAUAAAGCUUAGCAUGUAGGUGGGAAUAUACUAACAGCUUCUAGUUGUUGUAUAGUGCUGCACAAUAAUUAUGCAUUCUAGAUUCCUGAUUGCUUUCUAAAUGAAUGGACACAAGACACCCUACAUCAAAUAGUUACAUCUACCACAAACAAAAAUCCAGUGUGUUUCAUCAUGAAACAUUAAGAUAAAACAUAGGUUGCAAUUUUCAGUAUUGUUGAGUGUCUUGUACAUGUCUGGCACAAGAAUUUUUCCCACAGCAAUAUAUGCUUUGUAUCCAUCUAUUUUUCAUAACUGUUUUUCCUGUGCAAGGUUGCCGUGACUCUUGAGGCUAUCGCAGGAAUCUCAGGGCACAAUGGUGGGGGACAAGCUGGAUGGGAUUCCAGAUCACGACAGCUUUCAUUCAAAAAAAAUAAAUAAACACUUUAAACACGCAUUCA